AUGGGAUCGAGAGGCGACGCAGAAGAUCACACAACAAACGUUGAUCGUUUCCCUGAAGACGAUGUAGCUUGCGUUCUUGGAAAGAAAGGAAGCAAAAGAAAGCUUAUCAGUCUUGUAGAUGAAACUGAUUAUUCUGAUGUUGAGAUCACUCCAUCAUCUCAAAAAACCAAGCCUCGCAGGAAGACUUCUUUUGGAACAGCCUCGAGGAAACCGAUGUUGCAAUCCACUAUAGAUGGUGGCAUUGGCUCAUCCUCACAGGCGUGUAGAAGACUGUUCCUAUGA